AUGGUUGACGAGAAUGCGGACAACAGUGGACAAGAGUCCACCUUAAUGUAUCAUUAUCUCAGCGACAGGAAUUCCGGCGAGGAUGGCAGGGCAGCUUCUGGAAGGACUGCAAGCCAAGAAUAUUGCUCGACGCUAAGAAGGACGAAGAGUACGUCACAAAUCACUGAGAAAACAGAGAAUGGAGAAGAAUGCCAGGCACAAGUCUUGGACACGCCAGACAAGUGGUGUAUCUAUAAGGUUCCCAGCAAACUCCGCAAAGUAAAUGAAGCAGCAUACACUCCUCAAUUACUAUCAAUAGGCCCUUUCCACCAUGGCAAACCAGAACUGAACAGCAUGGAGAUCCAUAAAAGGAUAUAUUAUAAGAAGUUUCUUGAACGUUGUAAGAAGAUUGAGGAUGAACGUUGUAAGAAGAGUGAGGAUAAAUUAAAGAAAUUUAGUGAGGAUGAAUUAAAGAAAUUUAUCGACGCUAAAAAAAAAGAAGUUCUUAGUUGUUACGCAGGGACCAUUAAGCUUUCCAUAAUCUCUGCAGACAUAAUUGCGGUUGAUGCCUGCUUCAUCAUCGAGCUCCUUUUAAGGAACUACGAAACAAAAAAUCAUGAAAAUGAUUACAUAUUGAGUUCACCAUGGCUGAGGAAAGCUGUAGAGCAGGACUUGAUACUGAUUGAAAAUCAGCUUCCUUAUUUUCUUCUUCAAGAACUAUAUCAGAAAUUUGCUGUGCCUUGCUGCUGCCGGAUUCCUUCCAAUGAUCAUUCCAUACAGAUUGACAAAGCCACACCUGCUGAUCAUGAACCUACCCUGCUUAAGCUUAGCUUUGAGUUCUUCAAAGAUUAUAAUGAGGGGAAGUUGGAAGCCGUCGAGAAUGGAGUGCCUCAACUGCAACAUUUCACCGAUUUGGUUAGGCAUUUUCUAUGUCCUAAGCCUAACAAAAAAAAGGAAUUGCGUUGUAAACAUGGUGUCAAAAAUAUAUAUGCUGCACAGAAGCUGAGGGCAUCAGGGGUGAAGUUUACGCCACUUAAAGAGGGACCCUUGAUCAUAGAGACAGAUGAGACAGAUAAGGCCAUAGAGACAGAUAAGCCUGAGGACACUAAAUAUAAGCUCACCUUAGCAUGUUUUAGUAAUCUGGACUUGAAGCUUACGCCAUUUAAGUUCAAGGAUGAGACAGAAUGGCUGGUGGACACUGUGGAUGAUGUGGAUUUGCUGGUUGAGAACGAAGUUAUUACUAACAUGCUAGGCAGCAACAAAGCAGUGGCGAAGCUGGUUAAUAAACUUUGCCAGCAGAUCAACGACGAUAAAUUCUGCUAUUCUGAUAUCGGUCGACAGCUUAAAGAACACUAUGAAAAUACUUGGAACCGUUAUGUGGCAACCCUGAAACGAGUUUACUUCAAGGAUCUCUGGACGAGCAGUUCAACUGUACUUGGAGUUUUCGUCCUGCUUUUCUCAGUCAGUGGAACCAUUAAGUAUCUCAUGUCGUAA